AAGACUUAGAAAUGUCAUUGUGUUGUCAAACAUAACCUCGACAAAGUUUGUUUGUUUGCCGGUUUUUAGCAAUAAAUGUUUUAAAACUAACAAAAUGAAGGAUACUCCUGGAGAAAUUGAUACGAGAAAUGUCGUUAAGAACCGGGAGCUGCUGUACCGCAUGAUAAUAAGUCAAUUGUACUACGAUGGAUUCCAGCCUAUUGCCGCUACUUUGGCGUCGGCGGUUCAUGCGGAGCCUCCUUGCCCGCCCAGCGACAGACUCCUGAAUCUGAUGAUGGUGGGUCUCCAACAUGAACCGGACCGCAAGGACAGGCUUGCAGCUUCCAGCGGAGCUGAACAUCUACUCGGGACUACUGGAUUUGACUUGGAAUACGAAAUGGACGCGUCCUCUCUAGCACCAGAACCGGCUACUUAUGAGACUGCUUACGUCACUUCCCACAAGAUGGCGUGUCGAGCUGGUGCGUUCAGUGCUUGUGGCCAAUUGGUCGCUACUGGCUCUGUGGAUGCUUCUAUUAAGAUUCUGGAUGUGGAACGUAUGUUGGCCAAGUCAGCGCCUGAAGAAGUGGAUCCUGGGAGGGAACAGCAGGGUCAUCCCGUCAUCAGGACAUUAUACGACCACACGGACGAGAUUACAGCCCUAGAUUUCCAUCCCCGCGAACAGAUCCUGGUGUCCGCGUCUCGGGAUUGUUCCAUUAAACUAUUUGACAUUACCAAAGCGUCCGCCAAGAAAGCUUAUAAAUCUAUCACUGAUGCAGAACAGGUUCUAUGCGUGGCCUUCCACCCUCUCGGAGACCAUAUAAUAGCCUCAAGCACGCAGCCAGUAAUUCGGCUGUAUGACGUCACAACCAGCGCUUGUUUCGUGUGCCCGAUACCAUCCCAUCAUCAUACAAAACAAGUCAAUUCUAUACAAUUUUCGCCGAACGGGAAAUACUUUGCUAGCGGCAGUGCGGAUGGAUGCGUCAAACUUUGGGACACUGUGUCCAAUAGAUGUUUUAAUACAUUUAUCAAUGCACACGACGGAUCUGAAGUGUGUUCCGUCGCUUUUACUAGGAAUAGCAAGUAUUUGCUGACAUCUGGCCUGGAUUCGUCUAUUAAGUUAUGGGAGUUGGCUAGUAGCCGAUGUCUUAUACAAUAUACCGGUGCGGGGACUACAGGCAAGCAAGAACACCACGCUCAAGCAGUAUUUAAUCACACUGAAGAUUACGUUAUGUUCCCCGAUGAAGCGACCACUUCACUCUGUACUUGGCACUCUCGUAGUGCCAGUAGGUGCCAACUAAUGUCUCUGGGACACAAUGGAGCUGUCAGAUUCAUAGUGCAUUCGGGCACGGCGCCGGCGUUUUUGACAUGCAGUGACGAUUACCGAGCAAGAUUUUGGUACCGAAGAAAUACACAUUAACACUGGUCAGAAGAAUCCUAUGUUGAUAGCGAUGAUUAAUUAAAUUAAUAAAGAAAGACAUUAAUUAAUUAAAAAAUGCCAUUUCAUUAGCUUAUUUAACUGUGUUUGUCUUUGAAGUCGGUUGGACAUAUUCAGCGUUUUAUCUCUAUAUUCUUGAAGGCGUGUUUCGCCGCUCUAAUAUGAGUAAACUAGCUUUUUAGUUUCCUCCACGCGAACAAAAUACUAGCGACCCGCCCAAGCUCAACACGGGUGCAAAGCUGGUAUUAAAUUUCUCCACUAUUUAAUGGAUGUCAUCAUACAUAUAAACCUUCCUCUUCAAUCGCUCUAUCUAUUAAAAAAUCGCAUCAAAAUCCGUUGUGUAGUUUUAAAGAUUUAAGCAUACAUAGAGAUAUAGGGACAGAGAAAAUGAGUUCGUUUUAUACUAGUUUUUAGUGAUAGUUAAUGUCGGUGUCUUUAAGAAUCAUCUAAAUACAAAAUUAAAACAGCUACACUGAUAACUUUUACGCCCGUGAAAUAAAGAUCAAAUUCGGUUAAAUAAACUGUAAAAAGCUUUUGUCGAAUAAUUCAAAUGGAUUCGCCAUUAUCGCUACAUAGGAUUCUACUCGUUUGACUAGUGUUUUUUUCAGAAAAUGCUAGAUAAUUCUUAAUUAGAUGAAAAAAAUAGGGAAGAUGAAAAACUAUCUUUGUUUUAUGGCUGGAAUUAAUUUCUUUCACCAUAAGGUUGGCUGUAAUAAAUAACUGAAUUUAAUUCUAUAAAUUCCUAUAUCAGUCUUACACCGGGUUUCCGAAAGGCCGAUCAAUGUUAAAAUCAAUUUAAUCUCUUGUCAAGUCAUCUGAUUGGUUGACUGAAUUAUCAACAACCAAUCAAAUGACUUGACAAGAGAUUU